AUGUACCGACUUCCACCAAUAGAAGAGUUUCAGGCGCAAACACCAGAACAGCAAAAACAGACAUUCGACAACUUGUUCGAGCCCUGUUCGUCGCUAAGCUGGUUCAUCCAGACGUAUGUCUUGAACCGUCCGCGCACCUUCACAACCUACGGGGACUUCAUCGAGCUCGUGCGCUCCGAGCUCCUCGAUUUCCUCGAGAUGCAGGAGUUUGCCAAGAGCAGAACCAACCGGGAGGUGAGCCCGCUCGUUGCUGAAAUCAUUGCGGCGCACCCGCGGCUUGGCGUGCCGAAAACAACGCUGCUAAGCGAGCACUCGAGCGCUGAGCAGAAGAACUUGGGAGGCGGUCUGGAUGAGAUGCGGCAACGGUUGGUGGAGUUGAACGCGCAGUACGAGGCGCGCUUCCCCGGGUUACGGUAUGUUGUCUUUGUCAAUGGCAGAGGCCGAGAUGAGAUUAUGGAGGAUAUGCGGCGCAGGAUUGAGCGGGGGAGUAUUGAAUUGGAGCGCGAGGUUGCGUUUAACGCCAUUUGCGAUAUUGCGUUGGACCGCGCUCGCAAGCUUAGUGCUAAGAUCUGA